GAGCCAGGGGAGCUGUUAGCAGCACUGAAAACAUGUGUUGCCUCUCUCUCCAGGGUGAAAAACAUGCUGCUGAAAUCCAACUGCGUCCUAGAGGCCUUCGGCAACGCCAAGACCAACCGCAACGACAACUCCAGCCGCUUCGGCAAGUACAUGGACAUCAACUUUGACUUCAAGGGAGAUCCAAUCGGGGGCCACAUCAACAACUAUCUGCUGGAGAAGGUAAGGGGCACUGGGGAGCAGUGAGAUCACCUGUUAUAAAUAAAUAAUACAUUAUGUUUCGCUCUGUCUGACUCAAACCAUCUGUUUCUCUUACAGUCCAGAGUCAUCUUCCAGCAGGAGGGGGAGAGAAGCUUCCACUCAUUCUACCAGGUGAGUGUGUAUGGGAGUAUACAUGCGUGCGUGCGUGCGUGCAUGCGUGCGUGCAUGUGUGUGUGUGUGUGUGUGUGUGUGUUACAUGCCAGACUGAUGCCACCUUAAGCUGGUAUACAGACCAGAUGGGCUGUGGGUCUGUGACUGUGUUGAUUUUACAGGCAUGGUGAGAUUUAGAAAUAUCCAUAUUUUCACCCCAUUAACUCCACAAAUACACAUUCAUUUUCUCACUCCAUAAACUCCCCAUUCUCAAGGUACUUCACCCUCCAUUGGUCUGGACACAUUAUUGAUCUAAAUUCUUCUUUACCUUUGCUCCUUAUUACUGUGGAGUUACAUUCUGUAUGACUCACCGUGCCAUUGAAAUGAAUGGUUUAGAAUGUAAAUACUGAACAGUCCUCAACAUGUGUCACUACUGACUGUCUCUUCCCUCUCUCUCUCUCACUCUCACUCUCUUUUUCUGUUCUCUUCAGAUGGUUAAAGGGGGUCCUGAGUCCCUCUUGCGUUCCCUCCACGUCUCGAAGGACCCCACAGCGUACAACUACAUCAAAGUAGGAGGCCAGGUCAAGGUAGGUUACUACAGAAGUAUAUCUGCUUUGACCCCUAACUUUGUAUAAACAAUCACAAAAUGACACUUUAUUUCUCAAGUUCUAGACUGUGAAUGUCACUAAUGCUGAGUUUAUUUGGUAACACUGUUUAUUUUUACUGGAAUAAAUAAAACACAAGCAUAUGCUCAGUAGAUGUUCACGGUUGUUUGAAUUUCUGAUCACAUGAGCAAUUGUGUUUACAACUGAUGCUGAUGCUUUUUUGUUGCAUAACAAUAUGUGCAGCUAUUGCAUGAAUUUAAAGUAAUUAUGUACGAAUGUGCAAAGAGUGAUGUUUUGUCAAUGUCAUGGUUUUGAGUGUCUGUCCCUCUAUAACAAACGUUGUGCCAUUUUGGGAGCCGUUUAAUUCCAGCUAUUAACACACCCCAGCAAGUAUCUCCAUUCUGCUGUCUCUGCACUUGAAGCUUAAUAAGUAGGAACAAAACAAAGUUGUAUAGCGACAAACAACGUGACGUCAUGGAACAGAGCAUGGCCAAAACAACUAAAGUGGUUUGUACAUGGUGUGCCAUGCUCCCAUUUUAAUCGAAACAGUCCCCAGCUGACGCUCACACCGUCCUGUCUUAAUGACAUUUGUGGUCAUCAUGUCAUUCCUGCUUUAUGACUUUGGCUGCUGGGAGGAGAAACAUGUUAGGAAUGAACUCAUCCUUGCCAAAGUGAGGAAGUGGUGUACAGUAUUUGGCCAGUGUUACAGACUAUUGAAAAGUAUAUGUCAAGUAAAUAUUUGGACUGAAAUCACGACACUAGCCUGAAGUUUUACUUCAAAAUUGACAAAAUGUUGAACCGUGUUUUGUGUGAAGGGGACCGAAACGUUCCUAUUGUUUCCAGUUGUAUUGUUCUACUCAUCCAUCUCCGUCCCUUCUUCUCCCCAUCACAGUCAUCCAUUAACGAUGGUGCUGAUUUCAAAGCUGUGGCAGACGCCAUGAAGGUGAUUGGCUUCACAGCAGAUGAGAUCCAGACGGUUUACAAGGUCCUGGCCACUAUCCUGCACCUGGUAAUACCCCAUAUUAACUCCUAACUCUUGGCCUGCCAGCAGGGUUAGCAUAGGUUAAAAUGAAACCGGGUUAAAGGUAUACUCAGCAAGAUGAUAACAUCAUAUACUGUGGGUGACUCCCUGUUGUGUGACGAGUCUGCCUUUUAAAAUGGAACAGGUUUGAAUGAAACAGCAUUGAAUUGAAACAGUCCAGCCCUUAUUUGUCCUAUUCCCCUACCCUUUGCUCCAAUGCUAUCACUCCACCUAGUCUCUUUAGUUUACAGGUAACUUCCUGUAUUCCUGUAUUUAUCUCCAUGUGACCUCUCCCAGGGGAACCUGACAUUUGGUGUGGAUGGUGACACAACGCUGAUUGAGAACUCCAAGGUGGUGGCGGUGAUCGGGAACCUGCUGGCCACUAAGGAAGAGAAUGUGGAAAAGGCCCUGCUCUACCGCACCGUCGCCACCGGCCGUGACAUCAUCGACAAGCAGCACACGGCCCAAGAGGCCAGUUACGGCCGGGAUGCCUUGGCUAAGGUAGCUAAUGCUAGUACGCUAUGUUAACCGAUUCACAGUUAACUGUCAAAAUGCUGACUAAGAUAGCUAAUGCUAGCAUGCUAUGUUGGCCACUUCACAGCAGCUAAUGCUAACUCUCAAUGAUAGUGCUAACCCUCAAAAAGGGUUUGUGAAAUGGGCCCAAUGUUAGACGUGGUAGGCCUACCCAGUUUUUAAAGUAACCAGUGUAUUAUUAUGAAUGCUUCUGCAUAAAAUAGCAACCAGUGUAGGUAGCUGACUAUAGCACCCUGCUGUCUCUCAUAUGAUCUUUAUCUACUGUUGUCUGCCUUGGUGUUGGGGCAUGUGACCCACAGGCUAUGUAUGAAAGAAUGUUUUGUUGGAUCGUGGGAAGGAUCAAUGAUGUCAUCGAAGUGAAGAACUAUGACGCCAAAGUCCACGGGAAGAACACAGUCAUCGGAGUGCUGGACAUCUACGGCUUUGAGAUCUUUCAGAACAACAGGUUAGGAGCCGUGUCCGAUAGAAAUAUUUCAAUAUUGAAUGUAUUUCAUCGUAGAAUGCCUACUUGAGUAAGUCUCUUUUCUUAUACAUCAAUAUGAAAUAUACUGAUUUUAUUCACAUUUAGUGUCAAUCUCUCUGUCAUGACACUUAAUUGAUUUGUAUGUAACACAAGUAUAAAAGUUUAUGGUCUAGUUCAAUUUAAACCAGGGUCACAGCCAUUCACUCACCCUCUCCUCCGCUGUCUGUCUGUCAGCUUUGAGCAGUUCUGUAUCAACUAUUGUAAUGAGAAACUGCAGCAGCUCUUCAUUCAGCUGGUGCUGAGGCAGGAACAGGAAGAGUACCAGCGCGAGGGAAUCCCCUGGAAACACGUAAGGCCACAUCUUGGUUCCACACCACUCAUGUCUUGUAUUGCCUACGACAGCAUGGCCACUUUGCCUCAAGUCAUUCUCCUUCAGUUGAAUAUGACUAUUAGGAACGUCUUACUCCCUGUACUGGUUUUAGUUGUAAUGAUAUACUGAUCCCCUGUUAUCUCUCUGUGCCUGGGCGUAGAUUGACUACUUCAACAACCAGAUCAUUGUGGACCUGGUGGAGCUGCAACACAAGGGCAUCUUCUCUGUGCUGGACGAGGCCUGUAUGAAUGUGGGCAAAGUCACCGACGAGGUCUUCUUACAGGGACUCAACAGCAAGCUGGCCAAGCACGCCCACUACACUAGCCGCAAGGUACAUUGGCAACAAUUCAUUAAUUGA